AUGGAUCUCAGAGACAGCAUCGACCACAACAACACUAUAUACGAAAAUAGUAAUAAGACAGUGAAAGAGGAAGAAAAGAAAUCCAAGUCAGCCUCCCCAUUCGCAUUGAUCCAUUCUGGCAGUGUGACAGAGGCUACUUUCAAAACCUUCCUCACUGUGACUGGAUACAUUCAGGUUCCUUUAACUAUAAUCGCUCUCGCCACCAACAUCUGCAACGUUGUCGUUUUCUGUCAGAAACGGAUGAAGAGCCCCACAAGUACUAUCCUACUGGCCCUGUGUAUUUCCGAGGUCCUCUUCCUCACUACUGACAUCAUCUCCAGCAUCAUGGACUUGAUAUACGGUGACAAGGCCUUGACAAAACGCAUCUACCUGUACUACGGCCUCUACGUCUCCACCUACGCAUCGGUGGCUCUCAGGAGAGUUGGAUUUUGUUACACCUGCUUGAUGUCCGCUGAGAGGUUUAUUGCCGUGACGUUUCCCCUACAUGCCAAAAGCAUGCGUCUUGUGAACAACCCAGGUGUCGUCUGCGCACUGAUAAUGGUAGUUGGCCUUCUUGCACAUAUUUUCAGCCCCUUGAAAUAUAUCGUCAUAUCUUACCAGGCGGCGAACAACACUAAAGCCUACAGGUUCGUGCAUACCUCAAUGUAUGUCAAGGAUAAAGUCCAUUUUGAAAAUGCAAGCAUAGCUAGUAAAUUUAUAUUCGUGUAUUUCAUGCUCUUAGGAUGUCUCUUCUUCAAUCUUUUGAUUGUAAUAUCACUCCGUCGUCACAGCAAGGGGAGACAAUCGAUUAAGACCAGUCAGAACUCGGAACAAGCACAGAAGAGAGAGAUGCAAACGACAAUAACCAUCAUGGCGUCAACCGUUGUCUACGUCAUCCUCGCCCUGCCUACCAACACCAACUCGAUCGUCAAUAACUUCAGCGAUGACUAUGGCAUAUUCACCAGAGAGCACUUCCUUUUCUUCCUCGUUGGCAGAGUUGGAAAAGUUUGUGAGUUGGUCAGUAACUUCACCAACUUUUUCUUCUACAUUGUGCUCAGUGCAACCUUUCGGGAAACCUUCCUUCAAGUGUUAAUCCCAUGUGCAUCUCCGGAUAAGUCUACAAAGAUCACUGUGGCAAGAAGUGGCAGCCCAGGUGCUAGAAAUACAUCUCACAUCCCAAUUGAAUAA